GCGCCCUCUUCUUUUUACUUUUUCUUCCCUAUUUCCUUAUACAACACCUCCAAGAUGCCGUGUGAUACCACCAUCUCACCCGCAUAUGACCCUUUGAGUCAAUACUCCUCCUCCUACACCUCUUCCUACAGCUCCUCCGCCUCAUCCUCCUUGGCCUCAGCCUCGGUGUGGUCUGGCUCCGACACCGCAUCGCAGACCUCAGACGACGCCUCGACUUCCACCGCUUCGUCUGACAACGACCCCUGGCAGUCCGUCUUCCUCCAGGCGAUUCGUCGCCGCCCUGAAGCGCCUGGCCAGCAGCAACCGACUGCGCCUAUCCCUAUUCCUGCUGCUGCCGUCCCCGCAGAACUGCGUCAAAACCCUAGACGGACCGCGAGUUCCAGCGGCAGCUCGGGAUGUCACCCUCCCUCGCUAGUCCGGCAGUCGGAUCGCAAAGUGAACUUUGUCGACAGCCUCGUUGAUUCCUCGACUCAGAUCGUCGAAGCCAUCUGGCCUCUUUCUUCUGCUCCAUGCCGCCCGGAACCUGGCAACAGAGCCGUGCUCCCGCUGCGGACCUUUAUCCAGGAGACUCUUCGGCGCUCACGUACGAGUUACUCGACGCUGCAAGUCGCCCUGUACUACCUGGUCCUCAUCAAGCCUCACGUUCCCAAGCGUGGCUUUACUACCGAGCAGUACGAGGAUCGCUACUCUGACCGCGCUCUUCAGUGCGGUCGGCGCAUGUUCCUCGCGGCCCUGAUCCUUGCAUCCAAGUACCUCCAGGACCGAAACUACUCGGCACGUGCCUGGAGCAAGAUCUCCGGCCUCGGCGUCCAGGAGAUCAACCAAAACGAGGUGGCUUUCCUCCUCGCUGUCAACUGGAAGUUGCACAUUACAGACGAAGUCUUCCAGAGAUGGACUGAGAUCGUUCUGAAGCAUACGCCACCUCCUCCGCCGCCAUCGCCGGGUGCCCUUUCUCCCACUCUGGCUCGGCAGACCUUGAGAUGGAAACAAGCCAUUCUCAGGCUGAACCCUGACUUGACCAACGUCGAGGUGCUCAUGUCUGCUGCUCAGCUGUCAGCUGCCAGAUCCAGUGAUCUCUGCGCACUGUCGCCUCGCAGCAUCCUCAAUCUUCCUGCGGAACAGCAGCAGCGACAAACUCCUUUGGUCCUGGCUGAGGAAGAAACUUGCGAUCCCAAGUUGACCACAAAGUACCUGCCUCCCAUGGAGCCGACCCCCAUGAUGGCCUACUCGGCCACUCCCGGCAGAAUGGCCCCGACUCUGGGUCUUCUCCCGACGCCACGUCUCACGCCGCAAUCAAGUGGUAUGUGCACUCCUGCAGCGAGUGUUGCAACCCAAAUCCUCGGAAGAAGCAGCGCAAUGGGUUUGGCCAUGGCUCAGGCUGGUGUCACCAGCGCCGCCGCCCAGCAUCUGGAACGCUUCCCCGCGCCGACUCUGUCCACCUCUCCUCAGAACUUCUGCCCCGCUCGUCGAUCUUCGCUUGCCAACUCCAUCUCCACCAUGUCCUCUCCCGAGUCGAUGGUCUCGGAUUUGUCUCACACUUCUCGCUCGUCCUCCGUUUCGUCUGCCUCGUCUCUGGCUAGCGCGACCCUCAACAAUCCGUUGAUGGCUCAGUCGCGAUUCCGAUUGAUGAAGGCGAUGAAUGAGAGAUCAAGCCUGAAGACGACUAUCCACACCGUCUCGGAGAGCAGUGAAGAGUAUGGUUUCUCGUCCUCUCCCGAAUCGUAUACCGGCCCGGUUGCGAAGAUUGGAGGCCUUCGGACGGAAACCUCCCUGUCAGCAAGAUACGAGCGCGAGCUGGAGCGCCAGUCGCGAGAAGCCGACUCGGAUGCCGCGCGCACUCUGCAAGAUUUGCACAACCAGAGCAUCCGUAGCGCUUACUAUGCUCCCGAGGCGCCCAAGACCGGAACCAAGCGUAGCAGAACCGCAUCGCUGGACCAGCCUCUCCAGGACCACGUCCGCGAGAUCCUCGGCGCACCCUACGGAAGCACUUCUCGCUUCCAGCAGCCUGUCCUGCCCAGCUCGGCAGAGACGAGGAAGAGACUCUGCUGCUCCACCGAGGCAGCAACCGGCUACCAAGUAGCAACGGGCAACCACAACUAUGGCCUCCGAGAGCCAAGCUUUUGGGAGAUCCUCAACUGAAAUUUACACCUGGGGCGUUUGUUUGUUUAUGACCUGUCAAGCUUUACGCGAACUAUUUUUUUUCGCCAACAAUCUAAUGCUGUUAACUUACCACGGAUCGGUUUGGCUGUAACUAUUGGCCCUCAAUUCUCUCGCUUUUUUUAUUCUCCUUAUUAUUCUUCCCUUUGUUAGAAGACUUGCGAUUUGAUUAUUGAUUUCCAUGGAAUGGCGCUCGAAGGAGAAAGAGACCAAGGGACGUCUCGUUGACAAACAGAGCUUUUGAUAUCGCACAGCCUGGGGGCAAAGGGACAUUAUUUUUUUCUGCAAAACGAUCAUAAACCACCGGAACGAUGAUAUCCAAGGCAUUGGGAUGCCUUUUGGAAAAAAGUGCGUUUUAAUCUUUUUUUUAAAACUGUUUCCUCAUCCAGGAACAAAGGGAAAUUUUACACAUGGAUGGUUAUACAACGAAUGGUGAUGAAAGAUAUCCUGUAUAGUGUCGAAGAGAGCAAUUUCAGGGGAUGAUGGUUGAUGAUUUAGGGGGUGGCUAUGGAGAGGAGAGAAGUUGUUGCGCAUGUACGACUAGUAGAAGCAGAGGAGAAGAGGAGAGAGGCAGUUGAUGCUGUUUUGAUAUUUUUUUUUUAUUUUUUCACACUUUCCAAUUUUUUUUUCUUUUUUUUUUUUUUUUUCUAUUUGCUCUAGGCUUCUAGAAGCUGAAGCCUCGUUCGCUUUGGAUCCAGCUCUGUUUUGAAAGAAGGCUGGGGAUGAAGCGAAUGGGGAGAAUUGAAACAUGUUGAGCAGGAAGACUAUUGAUUGUCCCAUGUUUCUCCAUCAGUGACACGCAUGAUUCAGUAGGUACAAGGCAAGCCAGAAAGUGAAGUGACAUUGCUACAAAGUAUACCAAUAGAGCACUACCGAAUGGACUAAAAUCGACUAUUACUUGGAUAUGGUGCUAAACCACCAUAAUUCCCAUUUAUAGCUUUAAAGCCUCUAUUUAGCCUGCCUCUGCGAGUAAGUAUUUCUUGAUUGGUGUUGUCGACUCUGUAUCAGCCACAGUCGUCGAGUACCUUAUGAACUGAUAGACGAGGGCGCAACAAAUUCGUAUGAAUCCAUGUAUAAUGUGCACAUCUUUCAGGGCUCAAGCCAGUAAUUCCAUUUGUUCUUUUGUGCGCGAAAUUAUCAACCCAAACUAACCCAAACAUCCGGUUCCUUCUGGCGUGACGUUGCCGAGUUGCGUGAAAAAAAGGGUGCUACGCAAAAGCGGCCGCCCACCGAGUGAGUCAUUGGGAAACAAAAAAACCCCCCCGGGAGAAAAACCCAACAUGGGGAGGGGGGUGGUUAACUAAAAAAUUUCGCUUUGAGGUCGGAAGCAUG